GCGCCGAGUCUAGCGCCUAGGGUUUGAGCGAGCGAUCGCAGCUGGGAGAUGGCGUCUGUGCAGCUGUGCGCUGGAAUCAGAUCGUCUCACUCUCCCAUGGAUUUUGGAGCUCCCUGCUUGCGAGGGGCCAGCUUCUCGGCGUAUUUCGCUCCCGGCUUGUCGAGUUUUCGAUCGGUGGAUGCCUCUUUGGCGCUGUGUCAAGCCUCGAAUCGCUUCCUUACAAUCAAGGCUGCCGCAAAUGGGAGGAUUUCCUCACACCAGAAUGGCCGCCAUUCAAGAACACGUCUGGAUGGAAGCUCGACGAAAUAUUUCGACUUCUUGGUGAUUGGGAGCGGUGUUGCUGGCCUUCGGUAUGCGUUGGACGUUGCGAAGUUUGGAUCGGUGGCUAUCAUCACCAAGUCGGAGCCACAGGAGAGCAAUACGAGAUAUGCCCAAGGGGGAGUCAGUGCUGUUCUAGACCCGUCCGAUUCAGUGGAGAAUCAUAUGAGAGAUACAAUCGUGGCUGGGGCCUUUCUUUGUGACGAAGAAACAGUGGAGGUAGUGUGCAGGGAGGGCCCCGAGCGUGUAAAAGAGCUCAUGGCCUUUGGAGCUUCUUUUGAUCAUAGCGAAGAUGGCCAGCUCCAUCUUGCAAGAGAAGGUGGCCACUCCCAUCACCGGAUAGUUCACACCGCUGAUAUGACUGGGAGGGAGAUUGAGCGUGCGUUGCUCACCGCUGUCAAAAACAAUGCCUCCAUCUCAAUCUUUGAGCAUCAUUUUGCUCUGGACCUUCUCACACACGAGGAUGGCAACACAAUCACGUGUCACGGCUUGGAUACUUUGAAUGUCAGAACCAAAGAGGUGGUUCGAUUUAUUUCAGCUGUGACUCUGCUGGCUACUGGAGGGGCGGGUCACAUUUAUCCUAGUACUACCAAUCCACUGGUUGCAACCGGUGAUGGAGUCGCUAUGGGGCAUCGUGCGCAGGCAGUGAUUUCUAACAUGGAAUUCGUGCAGUUCCAUCCAACCGCCUUGGCUGACGACGGUCUACCGAUCAAGCCAAAGUCACGUGAGAAUGCUUUUCUCAUCACCGAAGCUGUCCGAGGUGCAGGAGGAAAGCUCUUUAACAUGGCCAGGGAAAGAUUCAUGCCUCUGUAUGACGCCCGAGGGGAGUUGGCCCCGAGGGAUGUGGUGGCUCGGAGCAUCGACGAUCAACUCAAGAAGAACAACGAGAAAUUUGUCUACCUCGACAUCAGCCACAAGCCUGCGGGCGAGGUUCUCGGCCACUUUCCAAACAUCGCGCGGGAAUGCUUGAAGUGUGGACUAGACAUCACAAAGGAACCAAUACCAGUCGUACCAGCCGCGCACUAUAUGUGCGGUGGAAUCCAAACAGGAUUGUCCGGUCAGACCUCCAUAGAAGGAUUGUACGCAGCAGGCGAGGUUACAUGCACGGGCUUGCACGGGGCCAACAGGCUAGCAAGCAACUCUCUGCUGGAAGCGCUUGUGUUCGCUCAACGAGCCGUCAACCCGUCAAAUGAUCACUUUCAACGGGUACAGGGAUCAUACAGGGCAGUGGACGAGGCUCGUGAAUGGACCCGUCCGCUGGAGUCGACAGCUAUCCUCGAAGACAGUCAGUUGGAAGAGAUCAGAAAGUUCACGGCCGUUCAGAGAAAGUCGCUGCAGCAGAUAAUGUGGAACUUCGUAGGCAUAGUGAGGUCCACGGAACGGCUGGAGAUCGCACAGCGACGGCUGGAAGAGCUAGAAACUUCAUGGCAGGACCAUUUAUUCAGGCACGGGUGGAAGCCAAAUAUGGUGGACCUGGAGGUCUGUGAGAUGCGGAACUUGAUAUGUGUCGCUCGCGUCGUUGUUAGAAGUGCACUGUCAAGACGUGAGAGUCGGGGCCUACAUUACACCACCGAUUAUCCAGACUUGGUGGAGAGCAGGAGGCUACCUACGGUCUUAAUCCCGGCGUACUGGAACUCUGGGCUGGUACACAGAUUGAGUACGGGCUCUGUGUCUUCGAGAGCAGUAAAGACAACGCAAGAGUUCCAGCCGAAAACACCUGUUCAGGCUUGAAACUCUCUGGAAGGUCGUCAGUUACAGCAAGAUGUGAUACUUAUUGCCGCGGGAUGGGAAAUAAGUGGUAUGUCUGUCUGUAGAUAUUGACAAUCAAUUUGUUUUUGACACUGAGUUUCUAUUCCAGGAGAAACUUUUGUCAAUCACGAUAAUUCAUUGUUGUGUCAAUCAUCUGAAUGAGCAAGAACACAAAGCAAGCAAGGUGCUAUCAAGUCUCCCUCCAGGAGAAUUUAUGUAGAUGGAAUACACUGGAAGCUACAAAUGGUCUGAAAAUUGUGGUAUUUUACUCCCUGCGACUAGCUGCGAGCUCUAGAGUUGCGAUCAACUCCUCGGUGCUGGUAUUGCUCGAGCUGAGCUGAAUUAACGAAAAGAAAAAUAGAGGUACGAAAUCAUAUUCUCGAUCAA